UGGUGAGGUAGGGGCCUGUUGAGGUAGGGGUAGGGGCAGUGACACCCUCGCCCAUCUUCACCUGUCCGGCGUCGUCCAGCUGCCGUUGCCUUUGAGGAAGUAUUUUCCACAGUGAAUAAUUAGGAGGGAAUAAUUACGCCAUUUAGAUCCAGCGAAGGAAUUCUAUCAGGAUGGUGUGCGCCUUGGAGGGGAUCCUGGUGAUGAAAGUCCAUGCUCCGACUGUGUUCUUAUCUGCAACAUACACCUGCCCAGCUGCUGGAGGCGUGCAACAGGUUCAGCGGUGGAUUUGUGAUGGUGGGGGGGAAUCAGUUUAUGUUGAUGGUUGGAAUACCAAUAAAGAAGGCUGCUUCAUCCAAGGUGAUGAUGAGCUGUUCAACAAUUGCUUGACCUGUAUUCAUCCAGAUCGCUGUGGUUGGCAAAAACGAGAGUGUUCAAAAUGCAAGAAGAACGAAACAUUCGGAUAAUAGAAUGGGAGGACAUGGACAAGAAAAAAUUCUACUCUGUUGGUCUUCUCAUGGCUCUGUCAAUCCGCUUAGGAGUUUAUCCCAUCAUACUGAUUAGAACACGGCUUCAGGUCCAAAAAGGCAGGAGCCAUUACAAAGGCACUUCUGACGCAUUCAGUAAAAUUCUAAAAUCUGAGGGGAUACGAGGACUUUACAGAGGGUUUCUGGUGAAUACGUUUACCCUAAUCUCUGGCCAAGCGUACGUUACGACCUAUGAACUGGUGCGCAUGUACGUAUCCCGCUACAGCGACAAUAAUGCAGUUAAGUCAAUUAUAGCUGGAGGCUCAGCAUCCAUUGUGGCACAGAGCUUCGUAGUGCCCAGCGAUGUAAUUUCCCAGCACCUAAUGAUGGCCGGCCAGAAAGGCUACAGGGGCCGUUUAGAGAUGUCCCAGAUACCAGGCACUACCAGACAAAACUUUGGCCAGGCAAAGGAGAUUAUUGUUAAUAUUUUCAAGAUUGAUGGCCCACGUGGAUUUUACAGAGGAUAUUUAGCUGCCUUGUUGACGUACAUUCCUCACAGUGCAGUGUGGUGGCCUUCUUACCACUUCUUUGCAGAGCAAAUUUCAAAAUGGACUCCCAGUGAAUGGCCUCAUCUGAUUAUUCAAGGAAUAGCUGGACCAAUGGCAGCAAUCACAGCAUCUAUAGUCACCAACCCAAUGGAUGUGAUCAAAACAAGGGUUCAGGUGGGGGACAAAUCGAUAAGUGACACUUUCAGGCAGCUCCUGAGAGAGGAAGGUGCGUGGGGCUUCACCAAGGGGCUCACCGCUCGCAUCUUAUCUACAGCUCCAACAGCUCUUGCCUUAGUGGUUGGUUACGAAACAUUGAAAAAGAUUAGUUUAAAAGAAGAAUUAGUGGCAACUAGACGUUGGUAAAACCAGUAUUGCAUUGGAAUAAAGUGCACAAAAAUAUU